ACGCCAUUUCGUUUUCUGAUUCCUUGCAGAGAGAGUUGUGUAUACAUUGUAUUAUUAAAAAAAAUCAAAAGCUUGGAAUUAAUCGUAUAAGAUUAUACUUGCUCAAUUAAGCUGGUCUUUAUUUGGACUAAUAAAGAAGAAAAAUGCCAUCGAACAGCAGUUCUAAUGGUAGCAGCGAUGAAAGUCGUGAUGGUAGAUCACACAAAAAUUCCAGAAAGAAACGGGAGCAUAGUCCCGUUCAGGAUAGACGAAGCAGAGCAAAAAUCCGCAAAGAUUCUAGAAGUGCAAGAGAUGUACAUAAGAACAAUAGAGAUUCAAGAAGAGAUAGUAAUGAAAGGGCACAUCGAGAGAGAGACAGAGACAUGGAUCGAGAUUGGGAUAAACGAGAACGUCUAGAAGAUUCCAGAUCAAGUUUCCGUGAUCAUUCUAGAAGACAAGAUGAUAGGCAGAAUAAUAAAAGAAGAUAUGAAAAGUCACAAGUAAAAAGAGAAGACGUUCGAUCGAGACUAAAUGAGAACGAUGAUAAAACAAUGGCACUGAAAAAUUCAUGUGAGUCUGAUAAAAGACAUGAAAAGCAUGAUAGACCAAAUAAAUUUCAAACAGACGAUUUGUCUAGAAAUAAAGAACAAGAAAUGCAAUGGGGUAAACAAUAUUCAAAAGAUAAAUCAAAGCCAGUGCCUCAAGAUAAAGAGAAACCUAGCUUUGAACUAUCUGGAAAAUUGUUAGAAGAUACAAAUAUUGUUAAUAAUGUUGUGAUUAAAUACGCAGAGCCAUCGGAUGCAAGGAAACCAAAGCGAAGAUGGAGAUUAUAUCCUUUCAAAGGGGAAAAGGCUUUACCCACUCUUUACGUUCACAGACAGUCUGCGUAUUUGAUGGGUAGAGAUAGAAAGGUUGCAGAUAUACCAAUAGAUCAUCCAUCAUGUUCUAAACAACAUGCAGCUUUACAAUACCGUUUGGUUUCAUUUCAAAAAGAAGGUGGCAGCGAAGGAAAAAGGAUACGUCCAUACUUAAUUGAUUUGGAUUCCGCUAAUGGAACUUUUGUUAAUAAUGUAAAAUUGGAACCAAGAAGAUUCCACGAAUUGUUGGAAAGAGAUGUGCUUCGUUUUGGUUUUAGUUCUCGAGAAUACGUCUUAUUACAUGAAUUUAGUAAGGAUGAUUCCUUAGAUGACGAUGUUCCAAUGCCCUAAACAACCUAAAAAACAUGAAGAUUGUUACCAAUGUUUUGUACAAGACGGACACGAAGAAUGUACAUUAUGUAAAAUUAUAAUAGACUCAAAUACGUGUACUCUAGGAAAUUAUCAAUCUUCCAAAAAUUGUUGGAAAGAGAUAUAUUCUGUUUUGAUUUUUGUACAGUUUUAAAUUUUUGUGUGAUAGAAGAAGAAGGAUCUAUAUUGCAAUGAUAUUAUAAACAAUGAUUUUACUUGUUACUUUUUUUGGCUCUCUUGAAAAAUUUCCAGUAUGUAUCAUAGAUUCUUCUUCCAAACUCUUAUUCAUAUAUAUAUAAAUAUAUAUAUAGCAGCAUAAGUAUUUAAUGAAUA